GUUUCAUUCCCGACAGCGGCCAGUGAGGUUCUGCAUACAAUACUUUGGUCAUGGGAGACAAGGACAAGCUCAUCUCUGACGUGGAGUCCGUCAAGGACACGGCUCCGAUUGCCGCGAAGGUGGCCAAACUGGCACUGAAGGCAAAUCGCCCCUGGUACUUUGGAGCUGGAUUUCUGCUCUUCUGGGCCAUGCUCUUCGUGUCCAUUGUGGUGCCACUCUUCUAUCGCCUGCCCACACCUCUGACGGUGCACGAUAGCAACCAGGGCGCAUUCAUUGCGGAACGGGCCCACAAGACGCUCGCUGGACUGGCCAGCAUUGGCACAAAGGUGGUCGGCAGCCAGGGAAAUGAGGUUAAUACGGUGAAUUUCCUGCUAAAUGAAUUGGAGCUGAUCAAGCAGCAGGUCCUGACCGAGUACUACGACAUUGAGAUCGAUGUCCAAGUUGCUUCGGGUUCCUAUGUGUUUUGGACCAUGAUCAACAUGUACCAGGGUAUCCAGAAUAUCGUCAUCAAGCUGAGCCCCAAGGGGUCCACCAGCGACACCUACCUCUUGGUCAACAGCCACUUCGACUCGAAGCCCACUAGUCCGUCGGUGGGCGAUGCCGGACACAUGGUAUCCACUAUUUUGGAGGUGCUGCGCGUGAUCUCCACAUCCAAGCCCUCAUUCCAACAUCCGAUUGUCUUUCUGCUGAACGGUGCCGAGGAGAAUCCACUGCAAGCCUCCCAUGCCUUCAUCUCCCAACACAAAUGGGCACAAUUCUGCAAGGUUGUUAUCAACCUGGAUGCCGCUGGAAGUGGAGGUCGCGAAAUUCUCUUCCAGAGUGGCCCCAACAAUCCCUGGCUGUUAAAGUACUACAAAGAGAGCGCCCUGCAUCCGUUUGGAACCACCAUGGGUGAGGAAAUCUUCCAAACGGGUCUCCUGCCCUCAGACACGGAUUUCGGCAUUUUCAAUACCUACGGAAACCUCGUGGGUUUCGACAUUGCCCAGUGCAUCAAUGGCUUCGUAUACCACACCAAGUACGAUGACUUGGAUGUGAUUCCUCAGGGUGCGCUCCAGAAUACCGGCGAUAAUCUGCUUAAUCUGGUGCGGGCCUUGGCAAACGCCCCAGAGCUGCGCGAUGUAGAGGCAUUUGCUGAAGGACACGCCAUCUUCUUUGACUUCCUGGGCCUGUUCUUCAUCAGCUAUUCGUCCACCAGUGGCGAAUAUCUCAACUAUGCCGUGGCUGGUGCUGCUGUCAUUUUGGUUUAUAUAUCCCUCCUGCGCAUAGCGGCUGUCUCGAAUGUAUCGGCGGCGGAUGUCCAGGGGUGGGGUGUCCUGCUGCUGGUUGUGCAAGUCGUGGCCUUCGUUCUUGGCCUAGCACUUCCCAUUGUUGUGGCGUACCUUCUGGACAAGUACGGGCUGUCGCUGAGCUACUUUAGCAGUCCCAUACUGGUUGUCGGUCUCUUUGUGUGCCCAAGUCUCCUGGGACUGAGCCUGCCCUCCACCAUCUACUUCACACUGUUCCGCAAUAGCAAGGUCUCCUUUGCCCACUACAUCCAGCUGGCGUUACAUGGCCACGCCGUUGUCCUGGCCGCUCUCGGGGCUGCUUUGACAGCCUAUGGCCUGCGAUCGGCCUAUGUGGUAACAUGGACACUCCUCUUCUACGUGAUUCCAUUGGCCAUCAACCUGCUGACGACCAUCCAUGAUCGUGGCUACGCCUGGACGACCAUCCUUAAGCUAUUCCAGAUCUUUCCGUUCCUGUACAACAGCUAUCUCUUCUACACAUUCGUUGUGGUGCUCACCCCCAUGAUGGGACGCUUUAGCAUGUCCACCAAUCCAGACUUGAUUGUGUCUGCCUUGACUGCAUUGGGCACAAUAUUGUCCAUGGGUUUUCUGAUUUUGCUGGUGAACAUGUUCCGCAGACCGAGCAUUGUAUUUGUCAUUCUGCUGGCCGUGAGUGCCCUGAGCAUAUACGUGGCCACCUCCACCGAUAUCGGGUUUCCCUAUCGCCCCAAGACCAACGUGGAGCGAGUCAACUACUUGCAAGUGCGACGAACCUUCUACGAGUACGAUGGAACAGUCAGUCGGGACGACUCUGGCUACGCGUUCUUUUUCCAGGACAGACGUGGGCCAGCUGCCUUAGAGGGGUCCAAUGUGGAUCUAACGGGUUUGGUGAGCCUCGAAGCGGACUGCGACAAGUAUAUGAUGUGCGGAGUUCCGAUGUACGACCAGCACUGGGUAAAAAGCCGCACAACUAUUAUGUGGCUGCCGCGUGAGCAGCCCAUCGAGACACCAACUCCGCCUACCCUCGAGCUUUUGAGCAAGACUGUGCUAUCCGGCGGUACAACAGUGCGGUUGGAGUUUGUGGUGGCGGGUCCGAAUCACUUCAGUCUGUUCAUCCAGCCGUACGAAGAUGUGACCAUCAGCAACUGGACGUUCCUGGCAAGCUACCUGCAGAACACCACUACGUAUCCUCCGCCGUAUCACAUUUACUUCUCCUACGGAAUAGACAGCUCACCGUUGAAAUUCUUCAUUGAUUUUAUGAAACCCGAUGGCGACUUCAACGUUCAGUUCUGCAAAAUUGGUCUUGGGGGACAGUUUAUAGAGGAUGUUGGAGAUGCUGAGAGCGUGAGAUUCGCUAAUUCAUUCCCCUCGUAUUCGGCUAUUGUCCAGUGGCCUGCUUCGUAUCAGCGAUAUAUAUUUUAAUAUAAUUAUUUUGACUAAAACAGUUGAA